CAAUUAUUUAUUUAAAUUGUACUAAUUAUUUUUUACUUUAAAUAAAGUCCUGUCUCUUAUUUAUUAAAAAAUUUUACACAAAACCAUUUUCACAAAUCCACGACGAAAUGAUUUCUCUCGUCACUAAAAAUUUGAAUAGAUUUCCAGUAAAGUUCCAUAGCUUAUCAACAACAACAGCAAUAUGCAUUAAGCAGAAGUCAAAUUUAUAAUUUUGAAUUUUGUAAAAUAUCAUUUUUAAUAUAUAUUUAAAUUUAAACAUGAAUAACAUUCAACACGUUUCAUUCAGUUUAGCUUUAUAAAUUAUCAAAUAAUUUUCGCGCUUAUAUAGCUGACAGCUGAUUUGUUAAUAAUUGAUUACAAAAUUAUUAUUAUUAUAUUGAUUGACGUCUUAACAUAUGGCCUGAUGAACUUUGUCGGAUGAUUUGUGACAUCACGAAUCGUACAUACGCUCAUAAAAUAUCAUUGUUUUUUUUUUAUUAUCAUUAAUAUAUAAAUAUAAAUAUAUUUAUAUAUGAAUAAUGUGUGUAAUAACCGUAACGACUUUCACUACCUGUUUUUCCAAAUAAAACAAUUAUUUUCCUGGAAUUCAAGGUGUCACAUAAUUAUUAUUACUACUUCCUAUUGACGAGUAACGAUUCGGUAAAAAUAAAAAAAUUACUUUUUAAAUUAUUAGUUUUGAUGAAGCGACUUUGCUAACGUGACAUUUUUUUAAAACGUAAAAUUUUUGAAAUAAUAAAUAAUUAUGUUUAUUAAUACAUUUUUUUUACUAGUAUUGUUAAUUAAUAAUUUUAUAAUAAUUAAUGGAAACACCGAUUUUGGAAUUAAUAGAAAUAAAAAUAAAAAUUUAACAUUCCGUCGAGCGGCUAUUUUUAAUGAAAGAUCUUGCACGUGUAUGACAGAAGUAUCAUGCAGUUGUUGUGAAAUAGCUUUUAUGCUUUUUCAUAUGAUUAAUCGUAGAAUUUGCGCUAAUUUUAUGUAUCAAAGAAGUGGAUUGAAUGUCGAUAUUUCAAUUGAUGAAAGUAUUAUCAGCUCGAUGUCAGUUACAAAUUACAUGCCAUUUAAACUGUGUUCAAUGGUUCCCGGAAGUAUAUAUUCUAACAUAUGUUUAAAUAUAUUAGAGCUCAAUAUUUUUCCGCGAUCAAUAACUAUCUGUCCAAGACUUGAGUUCAUGUCCAAAAAUCAACGAUGGAUAAUUAAUUAUACUUGCAUAAGUAUAUCAACUAUUUUACCUGAUGAAAAGAUGCCAUUGAUUUCAAUGAAUACACCAAUGAUGGGAAUGAAGCCUUCAUAUCGUCCACAAAGUCUACAAACUCAAACCCCGUCGCCAUCAAAUCAGAUGCAAUCUUCACUAAAUGUUAAGCCUCCGAAUCCUAUGACUUCUAAACCAUCGCAAUCACCAGCGCCUGGACAAACGAUAACCACUAAAUCAAAACCAACUAGUCCUCUGACAAUGACGACAAUUAAACCUAAACCUAUGUCUACUCCAAGUACAGCCAAACCAACUUCUACUGUACAAAUGGAAGCUAAACCUUCUUCUUCAACUGGGCCACCUCCUAAUGGACAAAUGAUUUCUGCGAAACCUACUACUGGCCCAAUUAGUGUUACAAAACCUGGAGCAACUUCGACUAAUAAAACGGACACUACAAAACCUGGACCAACUACGACUCAUCAAACUAGUCCAAUGAUGUCUCCUGGAUCAACUCCAAGUACCAAAAUGUACUCUACAGAAUCUCCUAAGCAAAUAAAAUUAUAAAACUUCGACUUUAAUUUUAAACUCAACAAUAAUUAUCAAUAAUUAUAUUAAAUUUGUAAUAACUAAUAAAUAUAUUCCCAAUUAAUUAAUUAAAAAUUUUA